GAGUUGAAGGGUCAGAUGUCUCAGCUGCGCCCCCUGUUGUCGGUGAUUGACCAGUACAGGUUAGACCUCCAGACCCUGGCCGUGCUCCGAGGGGAGGUCCUUAACCUGUCAAUCAUCCUGACAGCCAUUCAGGAGGAGGUGGGGGCCUACGACUAUGAAGAACUUCAACAGAGAGUGCUACUGCUGGAGACUAGGCUGCACGCCUGUAUGAACAAACUGGGCUGUGGGAGAUUAACAGGGGUGAGCAUCCCUAUCACUGUUAGAGCAUCGGGUUCCCGCUUCGGAUCCUGGAUGACUGACGCCAUGAUACCCAGCUCCGACAGCAGGACUAUAAAGAUAGAACCAAGCCCCCCUCCUCGUCCUCGCAGAACCAAGCCCCCCUCCUCGUCCUCGCAGAACCAAGCCCCCCUCCUCGUCCUCGCAGAUAGAACACCCAUGACGUCCCAGACCGCCAGAGAAUCCCCCAGGCCGUUCACCAGCCCCACAUAUACAUGCUCCAGUUUCAGACGACAAGGAAUGAAUG